CGACCAUUGCCUCAUCGAAAAUGGCGAGAAAGAAGCCCUACAAGCCCAAGCCAGAGGCACCAAUCUCCUUUACGUUUCCAGAGCUCCACGAGGACGUCGAGAACGAAGUCUCGGACGAAAUCGGCUCGACGCGGUUCCGCGAAAAGCACAGCAAGCGAGACUGCAACAACGAGCACCCGACCAACGUCAUGGGCAAGUUCAAAUGCAACAACAACGCCUGUUCCAAGGCUGGCUGGACCAGCAAGAAGGUGGCCAUAUUGAUACGGGGAUAUCCCAGGAACGGGUACAACGCUGUGGUGUUCAAUCAGCGGUGCAAGUCCUGCAACCGGCUGGGCACCCUGAUACUGGACGAACAAUCUUAUGUCGACCGCGUGGCAUACAGGCUCAAGAAGUGGGCUGGCGUCUACAUGGAGAGGCAGAGCUACGAUCGAAAAAAGGGUCUACCGCACGAGAGCGAGCUCUGCGAAGGGUGUAAGAGAGGUGUUUGUCGGCAGGCGUUUGACUGGGACUAUUGAUAACUGCUGCGGGUUGAGGUCGAAGAGAGCCAAAUUUGCCAUAUGUUAGUGGCGAUAACUUUUCGAGAAUGGGUUUGGUCGAUCGCUUCGGCUUCGGGAUGAAUGAGUGAUGAAGAUAUGCAAUUUGUUAGCGAAGGUUGAGUCGUCUCGUUAGCGUGUUCUGUAUAGGCGUCAUUGGUCUCCUCGGUUUUCCUCUCCUUUUCUCUUCCUCUGACACGCCGGCGUCGUAUCUCCUGUACUACUUGGAAGAUUGCUACCGUUGUCGUCUACGUUUAUGGCCCACAAAUAUUACAUUUUUUUUCUAGCUAAA